GCAAAAGCUCUGGAAAAAAUUAAAUAAAAGAAUCUCCCCGAAUGGUUAUCUACUUCUCUCUUGGAUUCCUAGUUACAGUCCAAACACGUUCCUUCUAGCUUAGCUUUAAACUCCAGCUACGGUCCUGCUUUUGUUGCUUUUUCAAGCUUUUGCAUGUUUCUGAUCUUGCCUUAAGUUUGUGGUUUAUCCGAACAACUUCUUUAUUUUUUAACCGACUUUUCUUCAAGAAUGUUGGUUUCAUUUUAUCUGCUUACUGUAUCAGCAACUGACCUUCUGAGGGCUUGAAAAAUGUGGGGUUGUUAUUUACAUGUUCUUAAUGAGCACUUCAUUGGUCUUAUGUCAAAACUUUAUCUUUAUUAACUCAAAACAUUAUAGAAACUCUCUUUGUUUGCACAAUUCCUCCAGUUUUUCUCUUCAAUUGAGUGGGAAGAAACAAAGGUUUUGUGGGUUUAUCCCAAAUUCUAAAAACAAUAACAACCAUUCGAAAAGAAAUAGAACUUGGUGGCAAAGGUUCUUUUUUGAUGAUGAUGGAAAUUGGCUUGGUUUGAAAGAUAAUGAUAUAUUUGAAGAGGAGUCUGAAGUUUCUAAUGAGGAGGACUUAUCUGAGAGUGAGAAGUUUGAAGCAUGGAAGAAGCGGGCAGAGGCGAUAAUCGAGUUGAGGGAAGCACAAGAAGAUAUGAGAAAUGAAGAGAGUAGGAGGUGGGAGGAUUGGAUUGUGGAUGAUCAAGGAAAUGGUGCUGACAAUUCUUGGAAUCAAGAUUUGGAUAAUGGGGUUUGGGAAAGGAAGGACGAAGCGCAUUCAGAUCCCACUGAGUUGUUUCCUGAAAGGGGGUUGGUUGAGUCUGUGAGGGACUUGGUUUUUGGGAAAGAAGAUGAUGAUAUUUCGUAUGAGGACCGCGUUUUUCGAUACGCCUCCUUGAAUUCAGCUAAAUUUUUGGCAGUACUGAUAAUUAUUCCAUGGGCCCUGGACUUUGUGGUUCAUGACUAUGUUCUCAUGCCUUUUUUAGACAGAUAUGUGAAGACUGUACCGUUUGCAGCUCAAAUGCUUGAUGUGAAAAGACAUCAAAAGCUCGAAAUGGUCAAGGAAUUAAAUGUUCAGAAAGCACGAUUCCGGCUUGAGGUUGAGAUUGGCAAGUCUCCUCCACUUUCUGAUGAAGAGGUUUGGUGGGAGUUAAGACAUAAAGCGUUAGAGUUACGAGAUGAACGGAGGUUAGAGAACCGUAGAGCUUUUGCCAAUAUAUUGUCAGAUAUGGUAUUUGGGGUCUCAUUAUUCAUUCUUUUAUACUUCAAUCAGAGUAAAGUAGCUUUGCUGAAAUUUACAGGUUAUAAAAUAAUAAACAAUAUUUCAGAUACUGGGAAGGCAUUUUUAAUUAUUCUUAUCACAGACAUGUUUUUAGGAUAUCAUUCGGAGUCUGGUUGGCAGACUGUUUCGGAGAUUAUUGUUGAUCAUUAUGGUCUUGAAGUUGAUCAGUCUGCCAUAACCAUUUUUAUUUGUGUGGUUCCAGUUACCAUCGAUGCAUGUGUGAAGCUUUGGCUGUUUAAAUACCUUCCAAGGUUAUCUCCGAGGGUAUCAAAUAUAUUCAAAGAAAUGAAGCGUCACUAGUCAAAUUUUUCAAUUAAGUUUGGAAAUUCAUUUCAGAUAUAAUACCAAACAAGGUAAAUGUAUAACCAGCGGCACUUUUUUUUUUUUUUCCCACUUUUGUUGCUCCUGCAUAACUCCUUUUCUUCCAUUUGGUCUUUUUUCUUUAUAUUAUUGCAACAUGAAGAAUAAGGUCUCAGGCUUGCUAAAAUGAAGAUCAUAUCAUAGUUUUGAGAUGUCUAUUCUUUUCUGUUCUUGUGUUGAUUAACAAUACAAAAACCAUGAUUUUUAGUUUCCUGGUCAUGAUCUUACGAUCCGCAGAAUGUUUGUGUAUCCUGAUAAUAAUCAAACGGGUUUUAUUUCUUUUUUCAUCCUGUGAAAUGAUUUAGUAAUCAGGUGUAACACUUGGAAUAUUAUAAUCAGUUGCUGAAAUUUCUAUUUCACUCUAUAAAAUUAUUUUUCCUUA